AACGCGAGGAAGAGGCGGCGGUACUGAGGAGGCUAUUGAGGGCGGACGGGGCGGACGGCGACGUAGCCCCCCGCAGAAGGUUGGUACUCCUUGGCUCAUGCUGAAGAAGCUGGCUAUCAUGUUUUUAAGAGGCUGAUGGAAAGACCUAGAUGGCAAGCAACCAAGGAAGGUCUUGGGCCAACUGCUCAUGAGGAACUGAGGCCUCAGUCCAACAGCCCAUAUGGAAUUGAACCCUGGCAACAAUCAUAAGAUUUGAAAUUGGCACAAUGGAAGAAGCUAGAAUUUGUGGGUUAGGAGUAAAAGCAGACAUGGUAUGUAACUCUCAAGCAAAUGAUAUUCUUCAACAUCAAGACUCCAGUUGUGGUGGCACAACUAAGAAACAUUCACUGGAAGGGGAUGAAGGCAGUGACUUUAUUACAAAGAACAGAAAUUUGGUGAGCUCAGUAUUCUGUACACAGGAGAAAAGAGAAGAAAUUCCUGGACGAGAAGCUCGAACAGGUCUUCCUGAUGGCCAGCAAGAUUCAGAGUGCAGCAGGAACAAAGAGAAGACCUUAGGAAAAGAAGUUUUAUUACUGAUGCAAGCGCUAAACACCCUUUCAACCCCAGAGGAGAAACUGGCAGCUCUCUGUAAGAAAUAUGCUGAUCUCCUGGAAGAAAGCAGGAAUGUUCAGAAACAAAUGAAGAUUCUGCAGAAGAAGCAAGCCCAGAUUGUGAAAGAGAAAGUUCACCUUCAGAGUGAACACAGCAAGGCCAUCUUGGCAAGAAGCAAACUGGAAUCUCUUUGCAGGGAACUUCAGCGUCAUAAUAAGACAUUAAAGGAGGAGAAUAUGCAGCAGGCACGAGAGGAGGAAGAACGACGUAAAGAAGCAACAGCACAUUUCCAGAUAACUCUAAAUGAAAUCCAAGCUCAGUUGGAACAACAUGACAUCCACAAUGCCAAACUGCGACAGGAGAACAUUGAACUGGGCGAGAAGUUGAAGAAGCUUAUUGAGCAGUAUGCACUAAGGGAAGAGCAUAUUGAUAAAGUAUUCAAACACAAGGAAUUGCAACAACAGCUUGUGGAUGCCAAACUUCAGCAAACAACACAGCUGAUAAAAGAAGCUGAUGAAAAACAUCAGAGAGAGAGAGAGUUUUUAUUAAAAGAAGCAACAGAAUCCAGGCACAAAUAUGAACAAAUGAAACAGCAAGAAGUACAACUAAAACAGCAGCUUUCUCUUUAUAUGGAUAAAUUUGAAGAAUUCCAGACUACUAUGGCAAAAAGCAAUGAACUUUUUACAACCUUCAGGCAGGAAAUGGAAAAGAUGACAAAGAAAAUUAAAAAACUGGAAAAAGAAACAAUAAUAUGGCGUACCAAAUGGGAAAACAAUAAUAAAGCACUUCUGCAGAUGGCCGAAGAGAAAACUGUCCGUGAUAAAGAGUACAAGGCCUUUCAAAUAAAACUGGACCGGUUAGAGAAGCUGUGCAGGGCUCUUCAGACAGAGAGAAAUGAGCUCAACGAGAAGGUCGAAGUCCUGAAAGAGCAGGUCUCUAUCAAAGCAGCAGAUGGGGACUUGGUGCCACCUGCAACGCAGCCCUGUGCUGUCCUGGAUUCCUUCAAAGAGACUUCAAGAAGAACCCUGGGAAUGCACUUGGAGGCUAGAGCCAAGUCAGUAUGUGAGAAAAGUGCUGCACAAAAGCCCUCAUCUUCAGGUUCUGCUGCUCAAGGCAUUGAGUCAGUUGACUAGGGUGAAGUAUGAUCACUGUAUUGAGAGAUAUAUUUUGUGUAUAACUUCCUCUGUUAGUAGUAACUAUUGGUUUUGUGGUGAAGAUUUUCUUACUUUUUCUACCAUAUCUGUAUUUUCUUAGAACUACUGGACUUAUGUGGUACAGGAGGCUGCUUAGCGGUUUGGAAUAGUUUUACUCUAUAAAUUUCCCUCAACUAUGUUGCACAUCUGCCUCAUUUUCCCCCUUUGGAGUGCAUGCCUUCAAUGCUUUGUUCUUUCCUCCUCUCCUUGCACAUAAUUUUCAUAACUAAAAAACAAGGCCAUUAGAGGAAUUCUAUUCUCCUGAUGGUUCCUUGAGGUGAAAACAAUUUUAAAUAUCUUAUCCCACUAAUACCUUUAAUAACCCAUUUAAAUACGGGAUUAGAAUGCCGGAACUGGUCAGAAACAUUUUUCAUUCGAAUCAGCUUGACAAAGUAAAAUAACCACAUAACCUUGAAGUUCUGACAAAACUAACUUACUACUCAUAAAGUAGUCCUAAUAUUUGUGGAUAGAUGACAAAAGGUGAUUCCUUGAAAACUGCUUUCUUGCAGUUUCGGGCAAAAAUAUAAAAGCUCCCUUCCUCACCAUGCAUUCUGGCUUUGUUGAAGUUGUGUGUUCAUUUGCAUUAAGACUCAACAAGCAGGGCCUGUACAUGUGUGUAGCUCAGUGGCAAGCAUUGCCUAUCAUAAGAGGCUCUGGGUUGACAAGUUUCAUCAUCAAAGAACACUAGUUUUGUUUCCUAAUAGAGAAUUUAAAGUAAAAACACCGGAACCAGCUUGGGAAAAUUUGGCAGAUUGUUUACAUAGUCAAAAAGACGCCUAGCUUUCUAGUCUAUUUCUCCUCUUUUUGAUGCUAUCACUUAAAACAAAAACCAGUAUUAAUGUUUCUACACUUUGAAUUGGGGAAUUUAAAAAUGAAGCAUGUAAGUCUAAGUCAAUUUAUUAAAGGUUCAAGUAAAGCUGGUGCACCAUAUUCAAAGACUGACUUGUUGAACUGGCUAAAAAUUUCAUUUGUACUCCUAGCACAUUUUAUUUUUAUGGUCAAAACUAGGUUCAAAUAAUUGAAAAAAAUGUCCAAAAGACAGAAAACAGUCUCUGUAGUAGAUGAUUAUUUUUCUAAACUUUGGUCACGUUAAUCAAGGGGUCAGAAAGUAAAAGAAAUUCAAAGUAAAGUCAGAAACAACAACAAAAAAAAAACCUUUCAAUAGCCUCUUUAUAAAUAAAUACCCUCCCGCCUUCAGCUACUAAAUCAAAUACUGGACUUAUUUCCCAUGAACGUGUCAGAAAUAUUGAAAUUACUAAUGAUCACAUUUCAUAAGUCUGCUUGCACAGCUCUUAACAUUUUAUUAAGCCAUGUGUGUAUAGCCUGCCACAGUUUUUGUGGUGCUUGUCCUGUGUGGAAGACUGUACAUCUUCAACCUGUUGCAUAUUUUCAAGGGCUUUAUAAAGCAAUGUGAUUAACAGUCCUGGCCUGCUGCUUUCGGCUUACAUACAUCUUUAGCUAGAUCUUUAGAGGAUAGAGAUCCUGUAUGAAAUAUGCAUAUGCAGAAUCUCUCCUCCAUUACCCUGUGAAUGAAAACAGAUGGGACCUCAGAGAAGGAUACCCUCCCUUAA